AACUCACGACGAAUGAGGGCGGUAUACACUCAGGUAAUCUGAUCAGCUGGCUCUGUGGUCGUGUGAGUCGGAUUGGAGUGGAGCUGAGUGAGAUCACAGAUGAUUAUUUUCACCUGCAAAGGCCGCGAUAUUCUAAAAACAUUAUUUGGAGCUAAAAGUUAAAUUACAUCGAUAUGAGAAAAAUUUGAUGUACAUGUAGAGCUCUGAUGUAACGGUCACUAACGGAAGAAUGCAGCUAGCUUCAACAUGCCCAUCAGCAACAUUGAACAGAUAUUCCAAUGGAUCGCAGUCCACCUAGGCAUACAUCUACCCGAGUGGUUACAGCAGAGCGUAGCUAGCCUGGACUACUACCUCUUAUCAUGGCUGCUGUGGCUCUUUAUGCCCAUCGUCAUGGCCUUUCUGCUACCCGUCAUCAUACUCUUGAUGGUCUACGGGUCGGUGCUCUUCCUUCACAUCUACAAAGCGCGGCACCGCUUGGCCGAUGCGUACUACAGCAGCGGCACGUGGGACUGGGCUCGGAUGGUGCUGGCAACAUUCUGGGAAGGCCAAGGCAAUAUAUGGCAUGGCUAUGACAUUGUAGGCCUGGAGCACAUUCCCCAGGAGGGGGCAGCAGUACUGAUAUACUACCAUGGAACUAUUCCAUUAGACUUCUACUACAUCAUGGCUAAAGUUCUGCUCUUCAAGAACCGCGUUAUGCAGCUGGUCGGCGACAGGUUUUUAUUUGGGAUCCCAGGGUUCAGAAUUCUCCUCAAGGUUUUCCACGUGACUCCCGGGUCGGUACCAGAGUGUGUCCGCCUCCUGAGCGAGGGGCACAUCCUAGCCAUAGCUCCAGGGGGCGCUAGAGAGGCCCUCUUUGGCGAUGAGCACUACCAGCUGGUCUGGGGCCAGCGAUGUGGCUUUGCCGAGUGUGCCCUCCAAGCUAAAGUGCCUAUUAUUCCAGUGUUUACCCAGAAUUGCAGAGAGGCCUUCAGGACUCCGUCUUGGGGUCGAAAAUACCUCCAAAAUAUUUACGAGAAGACACGCCUUCCUCUUGUUCCCAUCUAUGGAGGUUUCCCGGUCAAAUUAAGGACUUUUAUCGGGAAGCCCCUACCUUACGACGAGUCUUUAACAGCACCUCAGCUUGCAGAAAAGACUCGUUCUGCCAUCAGGGAACUGAUCCGUCAGCAUCAGCGCGUCCCUGGCAAUGUCUUCCAAGCUCUACUAGAUCGGUUCAGGUGAUGACUAGAAAAGAAGCUAUUUAUGGGAAGACGUUUGCAUCUGGGAGCUUAAUAUGAGCUGCUCUUCACUCAUGUAUUUUUUCAUUAACACUCUAUACUCAGUGUUGUCCGAUGGGUGUGCAAUCAAAAUGUCACAAGCUUAAUUGCUCGGGUUGGAGUCGAACCCCUGACCUCCUGCUUACAAGCGCAAACUCAUUACCCUUGACCACCGAGCUAGUAGAACAGAAGCCUAAGUGGAAAACAGUGGUAAUAAUAGCAGGUGUGGUCUAAAGUAGAGCAUAGGAUUCAUGAUCGUGAGAUUGUAUGUUCGAGCCCCGCCGUGGCCAUGCGUGUUGUGCCCUUGAGUCAGGCGCUUUACCUCAAUUACUCCUCUCAACCCAGGUGUCAAGUGGGUACC